AUGAGAUUUGCAUUGAGUAUUGUCUUGGAUGAGGUUGAUAUACUCUACAACAUUGAGGAAUAUGGGCCAUUGUUCCAAAGUUUAGUUAACUCUGCACCCGUUGCUGUUCAAUAUCUCUUUGUAACUGCCACUUUACCAAUGGAGGUAUGCAACAAGCUAAUAGAAGUUUUUCCUGAUUGCAAAAUGAUCAUGGGACCCGGUAUGCAUCGUACAAGUUCUAACCUUGAGGAGCUUUUAGGCUUGGAGGAUCCAAUUUAA